CGCGCGCACACUUAACUCCCCCCCCAACCCUAAAGCACCAUGCGGCCAAUAUUUCACUAUGCGCUUGCAGUACGCGAUGUGUCGUAAUCCCGACGGUCCGUGAAGGAGGCACAGCGUAGGAGCAAACAUGGCGGCGCUGCUCCGCAAAGCGAACGCAGCUGUCGGCGUGUGGGUGCGCGGCCGUCGCGGCGUGGCUCAGCUCGCCGAGCUUCCAGAAACUCAUCACAUGCUGCGGCAGACGUGUCGAGACUUCGCCGAUCGCGAACUGACACCCAUCGCCGCCCGGCUGGACAAAGAGCAGACGUACCCAGCGCAGCAGAUCUUGGAGCUGGGCGCCAUGGGCGUGAUGGCCACGGAGGUCCCCGAGGAGCUGGGCGGCGCCGGCAUGGACUACCUGGCGUACAGCGUGGCCGUGGAGGAAAUCAGUCGCGGCUGUGCCAGCACCGGCGUGGUCGUCUCCGUCAACAACUCUCUGUACUUGGGUCCAAUCCUGAAGUUUGGUUCCGAGGAACAGAAGCAGAAGUGGAUCGCACCUUUCACCAGCGGCCACCGGGUGGGCUGUUUCGCCCUCAGCGAACCAGGCAACGGCAGCGACGCGGGCGCCGCGUCCACGGUGGCGCAUCAGGACGGCGACCAUUGGGUCCUGAACGGCACCAAAGCGUGGAUCACCAACAGCUGGGAUGCCGCCGCCGCCGUUGUCUUCGCCACCACCGACAGGAAGCUCAAGCACAAGGGCAUCAGCGCCUUCCUGGUGCCCAUGCCCCACCCGGGCCUGUCGCUGGGCAAGAAGGAGGACAAGCUGGGCAUCAAGGCGUCGUCCACCGCCAACAUCAUCCUGGAGGACUGCAGGAUCCCGCUGGACCACAUGCUGGGCCCUCGUGGCGCCGGAUUCAAGAUCGCCAUGCAAACUCUGGACAGCGGGCGCAUCGGCAUCGCUGCGCAGGCGCUGGGCAUCGCUCAGGCGUCGCUGGACUGCGCCGCCGAUUACGCGCACAAACGACUCGCCUUCGGGGCGCCCAUCGGGAAGCUGCAAGCCAUCCAGUUCAAGCUGGCCGACAUGGCGCUGGCCCUCGAGAGCGCUCGCCUGCUCACGUGGAAGGCGGCCCUCCUGCGCGACGCCAAGCGGCCCUUCACCAAGGAAGCCGCCAUGGCCAAACUAGCCGCGUCCGAGGCCGCCACGUUCUGUUCCCACCAGGCCAUCCAGGUUCUGGGCGGGAUGGGUUACGUGACGGACAUGCCCGCCGAGCGCCACUACCGCGACGCCCGCAUCACGGAGAUCUACGAGGGCACCAGCGAGAUCCAGAGACUGGUCAUCGCCGGACAGCUACUCAAGGAUUACGCAAACUAGCUGGACACCAAAAGCCGAACCUUCUGCUUGCGCCAUCUUGCACCGGUGACUGGAACAUAAACAACAUCAACAAACACGAGGAAGCGCCCAUAAUGCACACCGUGCUCAUGCUGCCUUUUUUUUUUUUUUUUUUUUUUUGGAACACUAAACAUGAAAA